AUGUCAGCAAAGCCGUGCGAGUCGAAGGAUUGCGGCGCGAGCAAGAGCCCCGGCCUGUGCCGAUGUCAGCACCAGCACGGCUCUUCCGUCGCCACCUUCGCCCAUGAAGCUACAGCCAAGGCUACCGCGCCGGUACGUCUUUCCAAAAUAACACUGCAUUCCCCCAGGACGCCCCGGGCCUUCCAAACUUGAAAAUGAGUGAAAACCAAGCUGGUGAAGAAAUUGAAAAAAAAACGGCUCCAUUGACGAUGUGGCCUUUUCCCGGUCCCACCAGCAGCGUUGCUAAGAAUAACUGCCGAUAUAAAGGCGAUAUCGCCAAUAUGAAGGCGAUAUCGCUGGCGGUACAUCGACGAUAUUGCAAAAAUAUCGCGCCGGUCUCGCAUUUUCUCGGCGUGGACAAGCGUUUCGGAAAUUUUCAGUUUUUUUUUUGAGUGUGAAAAAAAUACGAGUGUCCAGCGAUCUCGCUUUUUCUAUCGCGCCUGACUAGGAGUUAUCUUUAGAGAAGUAUUUCAUGAUUUGAAUAAUAAUUUGCAUUUAAAAAAAUAUGGAUUUGAUUUUAACCGAGUUUAUAGCGAUAUCGCUGGCGGUACAUCGACGACAUCGCAAAAGUAUCGCGCGAGUCUCGCGUUUUGGAAAUUUACAGUUUUUUUUUUUGAAGCUAAGAGUAAUACAAGGUCGCGCCGAGAUCAGUGCGACAUGUUUGCGAUAUCGUCAAAGUACUGAUUUCGGACCUUAACAAGCUUCUAGCUCUGCCGAGGCCCAUCCAAAGGAAAUUGGUUAUCCGGAGGUUCUAAAACAUGGAUUUUGAACCGAGUUUUCAGCGAUAUCGCUGUACAUCGACGAUAUCGCUGAAAACUCGGUUCAACCUUAAUCAAAUCAAAAACAGCUUGAUUCAUUUUUCAAAGGACCGUAUUUUUUUUUUGAAGACGAUAAGUUUCUCUGCCUAUUAAAAACCAUAACUGUUCUCCAGGUGAUCACAAAGCCGCCGCUGGAUAAAUCUCGUGAGAAGAUUCAAAUCGAAAAGGUUCGAUCAAUUCAUAAAUAAUUAACAACUGAGAAACGUUAAGAAAACAAAAUUGGAGCUGGUGAAGCAGGUGGAAGGAGAGGAGGAAGGCGACCUCUCCUCUGAGCCAGUCACCCCUCAUUCCUGUCCCUCGGAGUACUCGCUCAGCUCGCUCAACAACGAACUGGUCGGUCUUGAUGUUCAGCAACAACUCGAGUUGUAGGGGGUUCCAUAGGCUUUCAGAGAGUUUUAAUAGUUCUCAUUUUUCAAUUUUUAGAAUGCAUUUUUAUCUAUGAAAACUGGACAGUUUUGUCAAAAGAGUCUCAAAUUUUCAAAGUUUUAGCGAUUUAUCCGUGAAGUUUAUGGUUCAUUUGAUCUCAUGUUUGGAUGUUUCUGAAAGUCCAAAAAACACCCAAACAGUUGAUUGAAUUUACAGUCGAUACUCGAAGUCGUGCGAGCCUUCAACUCGGCGGAAGGCAAGCGAAAAAGCUCCCGACCGCCCAGCAAAACCCGCCAUUUAUGA